GCCGCCCUCCUUCUCCUCAGCCGAGAUCAACAACCGGCUCCAGUUUGUGGAUCUUGAGGUUCUAGUGGAAAACAAAGUAGAUCCUGCACACCUGAAGUCUACCCACCCCUGUUCUAAACAAUUGUAAGGAUAGCAGCAUUUGAGGAAAAAGCAGCAUUUGAGGAAAAAGGGGGUGAUGAAAACCAGGCCCAUCUAGAGAGGCUACGGAAGAGCAGGAUGAGCAGAACAUGGCUGUAGCACCUUCAUUUGCAGGGCAAAGUCCAAUUAAUUUUAAUUCAAAAUGCCUAACUCUAAAAGCAGAUCUCGGCGUAGGCACAAACUUGGUCAAGAAGCUGGGAGGCGUGAAUUAGUUUCCAGAUCCUUACAAAGUGCUAAGCAUUGUUUGGAGGACCAGGACUUUGGGACUGCAUAUGCACAUUAUCUCUUGGUGUUAAAUCUGGCUCCUGAGCUUAAAAAUGAUGUCAAGGAAACCUUUCAGUUUACCCUUUUUAAAUGGGCAGAGGAGCUGGAUUCUCUUGCACGAAUUCAAGAUUUAUUUGACUGUUAUGAACAUGCCUUGGAAUUGUUUCCAAAUGAUGAAGUCAUAUGUAACAGCAUGGGGGAGCAUCUCUUCAGAAUGGGCUUUCGGGAUGAAGCAGCUGCAUAUUUCCAUAAAGCUGUGAAACUAAACCCUGACUUCCCUGAUGCAAAGGAGAACUUUUACCGUGUUGCCAACUGGGUGGUAGAACGAUGGCACUUCAUCAUGCUUAAUGAUUCAAAUCGGAAUUUGCUGUAUCAGAAAGCAAUUCAUAAGGCGGUCAAUUCAGGGUGCAAAAGUGUUCUUGAUAUCGGAACAGGAACAGGGAUUCUCAGCAUGUUUGCCCAAAAGGCUGGAGCAUCUUCUGUCUAUGCUUGUGAGUUGUCGAAGACAAUGUAUGAAUUGGCUUGUGAAGUGCUAGCUGCAAAUGGUUUGGAUGAAGAAAUCAAACUUCUUCAUAUGAAAUCCCUUGAUAUAGAAAUUCCAAAGCACAUACCUGAAAGAGUUUCCCUGGUCGUCACUGAAACAGUAGAUUCUGGUUUAUUUGGAGAAGGAAUUGUGGAAAGCUUGAUCCAUGCUUGGGAGCACUUGCUUUUACCACCAAAGCCUCUUGAUGGCAAAGUUGAUGCUGAAAACUAUGGUAAAGUUAUACCAGCUGGAGCUACUGUAUGGGCCAUGGCAGUGGAAUGUGAAGAGAUACGUAGAUAUCAUAGGGUGGGUUUAAAAGACAUUGCUGGUGUGUGUUUGCCAGAAACAUUGUUAUUCCACAGUCCAACAUAUGCUUCUAUAAACGCAGAUGAAACUCUUGAACCUUACACCACUGAAAAGCUCAGCAGAGUUCCUGGUGGCUAUAAGGCCCUCACAGAACAUUUCCAGAUUUUGACAGUCGAUUUUAACAAUAUGCAGGAGCUAAAAAGCUUUGCAACCAGAACACCAUCCAAAAUCAACAUGCCUGUUAUUAAAGGAGGAAUACUAGAUGCUAUUGUGGUCUGGUUUGCAUUGCAACUUGAUGAUGAACAUAUACUUUCUACUAGUCCAAGUGAGGACACCUGUUGGGAACAGGCAGUCUAUCCCAUACAAGGCCUCCUUGAUUACUCUGUGAAAAUUGGAGACUCAGUUAAGAUGGAAGUAUCCUGCCAGGACUGCUACCUAAGGAUUCAAAAGAUUUCGCUUGUGACUUUAGAAUAUGGGAUGGAUGUUGAAAAAAACUUCAAGGAGAACAACAGUGAGGCUGAGCUCUGCAGUGCUCUGGCCAGUCUUCAAACAGCAAGCACACUGGAGAGUGUGUGGCAGGAAUGCAGGCUGGAAUCCACUGAGAUUGCUUUACUUAACAAUGUACCAUAUCAUGAAUGUUUUAAAGCUGCAAUAGGCAAAGUGCUGUCAUCAUUAAGCAACCAUGAACAAUUGCACUCUAUGGAUGUGGAUGGCCACAUUGAUGAGCUGAAUCUUGAAAAGAACCAAAGCAAAAACUCAGUGGCUCUUGAUCCUCUGUAUGUCUUGGAUGUAUCAGAAGGCUUUUCCAUUUUGCCAGUAAUUGCUGGCAAAUUUGGCCCAGUUAAGGCAUACAGCUCUGUUGAAAAAGAACAUCACCAAGUAGCUCUCAGUCUGAUUUCAGAAGCCAACAAAUUUCCUAAGGAAACAUUAGAGUUUUGGCUCAGCCAUCUAGAGGAUGAAAACAUGGUAUUGCAGAGGCCUAAAUCUGACAAGUCAUGGAGUAUUAUAAUUUUGGAUGUCAUAGAGACUUCUGGUCUAAUUCAACAGGAUGUGAUGGAAAAGGCAGCAAUAUCCAGGUGCUUGCUUCAUUCUGGAGGGAAAAUAUUCCCACAAUAUGUGAAGAUGUUUGGAAUGCUUGUGGAAUCAAGGACAUUAGUACUUGAGACAGCAGUUCAAGGGACAGAUCCCACACUUGGUUUCAACAUUGCACCGUUUAUCAACCAGUUCAAGGUGCCUGUGCGUGUUUGUUUGGAUCUGUCCACACUAUUAUAUGUGCCUUUAAGCAAGUCAGUGGAACUUCUGCGAGUGGAUCUUAUGAAUCCAUAUUUGAAUAGCUCUAGUAGUGAAGUUAAGGUGGAGGUUUGCGAAUCAGGCCAAGUUACUGGUAUUCCAUUUUGGUAUCAUGUGUAUUUGGAUGAAGAUACUGUUUUGGACACAUCAAGCAGGUCCUCCCACUGGAAACAAGCUGCUGUUGUAUUAGAUAAGCCUAUUCAAGUUCAAGUAGGAGAUGAACUUGUCCUCAACAUUCACUAUCACAAAAGCAACAUCAGCAUUACAGUAAAACAGUGAGCUGCCAUCAGCUAUUGUUGGUUUGGGUAUGUUUAAAUGUAAAGAGAAGCCCAAAUUUAGUUAUUUGUAUGUAACAGUUCAUCAUGGCCUACAGUGUUUUAGUCUAUUUUGAGCUAUUAUGCAAUUCAGCAUAACUUUAGCAGGAACUUUAUACUGCCUCCAAUAUUAUGUGUCUGAGAUUCUUACCAAAAGCAAAGCCAUGAACCCACAAGAAUUGGAGAAAAAAUGAAUUACUUCCUGGAAGGCUGACAGUUUGUAUAUAAAAUGUCUAAAGAUUAUUAACUUCUACAAUACCCAUCUUCUUUCCUAUGCUUUACUUUCUGGAAAAGUAUUGUAUGAAUUGGUGUAAAGUAAAAUUAAAAAGGAAUUCUUUCAGAACAUA